CGGUCAUAGUAUCCGGGUCACGCUAGGGUCAGUGUGUCCUGAUAUAUCCAUCCAGACAAUUGAACUGUGAACAAUAAAAACAUAAUGAUGUCACUUUUUAAUACAAUGAUGAAUCAGUAUGCUGAAUUAAAACAGCCGUUGUUUCAUGGAAAUGUUUACCCUAUUUCAUUUUCUUUACGAGGAGCGGGAGGGUUUGACUGGACGGGUGCCAAAAGAAAAACGAUAAAAUUGGCGAGUUUCCCGAAGAACAUGUUCAGGGGAUGUUGGUGUUUGGCACAAGUUGGAGCAAGCAAAGAGGUCGACCAGUUGCCAAAACUUGAAGCAGCUGUAUAUGCUUCUCCACCGAGAAUUUCAACCGCAUUUUUUUUUGUAGUAUGUUACUUUGCAGUUAGUGCGAAGUCUGUGCAAAAAAUCACAGUCAAACCGAACAGCUGAAGUUUUCACUUUGCUCCUUGACGUCAGGACUGCCUCUGAAGCGAGAAGAUUGAUCCAGAAAUGCGAUAUACUUGAGCGCCUCCUUCGUCACAGGAAGUGACUCUUAGACAAACUCAACGGACAGAAAAGUUGUAGCCCGCUGGCCCAGAAGUUCUCUGGCUAAUAGCGAGACCAGCACGCAACCUUACAUCGGGACGAACUAUACGACUGAGGUCUGCUGUCAAGGAUGGCUCGUUACGGCCCCGUCUUCAGAUUGAUCGCGCUCACAUCCUUCGCUCUGUGCAGUGCCGGAGUUGUGUUGAGGAAAGAGCUUGCAGCCAACAAGGGUCUUAUAAUCGACAGAAGCAUUCGGGAUCUCAAGGAUACUGAGACUGGCGGGACUUUUCUGAGCAGAUUUUCAGAUCAGACGUUUCAACUCGACCCGCCGAAAAAUCAAGGGGGACUUGGUGCAUGGCCCAACACGGACGAUGAGGGCGUAGACACGGUUAAAAACACAGGCGAGAAUUAUUCCACUGGACUCGCCGCACAAUACCGCGAUAAACGAGGUGCUUGGUCGUGGUUGAAGAAGACUCCCGUUAAAAAGAAGGGCGCCACCAAGGGCCGCAAUAAGUGGAGAGGUCAGCCAAGAGGGCGCCCUCGCCCACAAGACGAGGGUGAGGAUGAUGAUGAUGACGACUGUUCAGACAGCAGCUCAUCAUCAUCUGAGGAGGAUGACGUGAGCAUAAAGAGGAAAAGUCGUAAACCAUGGGAAAUAAAAAGGCGUGGUCGGGGAAACUCAUUCAACCGUGACGAUGAGGGUGAUGAUGAGAGACGAAGAAAAGGAAGACCAUCGAAGCGUUGCAGGAAGAAGAACAGAGGCAAGGGCCGGCCACCUGUUACAACGGCAAUGCCCACGACUACGACAGAGAGAACGACGACAGAGAGAACGACGACAGUGACAGUCACAACGCCACAACCACCGACGACGACUCAAGUCUCUGAAACAACGGCUGUUGUCAAAACCACGCAGAUUCUCACGAGAAGUGUCAGUCAGUCAUCCGCCCCAAAAACGGAAAAGCAGAUAUCCACCAUGGAACCAACAACCGUGUAUGUGAUGUCUUCUACUGAAGAGCCAUCAACCACUGUGGAGAGAACGACGACUUCAGCCUUCAAAACUCUUGGGAUUGAUCCGGAACCGAAAUGAUACCACAGAUAAAUACGUUUUUAUACAUCCGCAAGAGGGCACCCUUGUCCUGAUUCAACUUGAGCCUGGCAGCGAGGAUUUUGUACAGCAUGGUGCAACAGUCAGAAAACCACAUCUCGAAUUGACUAAAAAGGAAUCCUCACGAGUAGCAGGAAGACCAAUGAAAGAAUCCAAUCAUGGUUUUCAAGAGUGAACUUGACGAUGCACUGCCGACUUUUUCAAUGGUCUACAUUUGACUAAUACUGUUUAUAUUAAAUAGAUAAUCUUUUUUUUUUUUUGCUUUUGCUAGCUUCUUGGAUUAAUUAAAAAUAGAUGCUUUAAUAUUCGUUGGUAAAAUGUAUAUUAAUUAUAUUGUUUAUUGAGGAGCGGCUUUAGGGCAACAAUAAUUUCUUUAUCUUAAUCCUGUCAGUUUUUGGCUUGUAUUCAUCGUUUUGAUUGCUUCCCUAUUGAUCGAAAUUGGUGGUUUAAAACUUCAAAUGCAAACCCACCAGUGGAAGGAAACCAAUCACCGGCUGGACCGGAUAGCUUUGAUCAUUAAGUUAUUUUUCCUUCUAAUCUAAAACAUACAAACGCAAAAUAAUAAAGGUGAUAAAACUUGAGAAAUAGUGGUAUUACGAUGCAUGUAUUUUAACUUAGCUACUGGCACAAAUAAAUGUUUUAUACAUGAAGUUUUUAUUCAAGUUUUAUCAGCAAAAAUUUCCAUAUCUGUAUAAUUAAAAAAUGAGUUUAAUUCCAAAACGCGACAUACGCCAUUUUGUUCUCUUUUAGAAUCACGCCCUCUCUUGGCUGUCCAUAAUCCAUUUCGACGGCUGUCAUAUACUGAAACACAACUUAAGGAUACAAUAAAGCUAAAAAAUUAGUUUCGAAACAGCUGUUAUAAUUAUUGUUUUUAUUCUUCAAAGUUUCAUAACCGUUCAAAUUCUUCACUUUUAUCAACUGGAUAUGUCGCGUUUUGGAAAUAACUCUUCAAGUAUACAUUAUAAUGAUAGCCUAAAUCAUCGCAUUAUGCAGAGAAGAAAUAAAAUGUAGAGCGUGUAAAUGUACGAAGAACAUUCAUUUGAAAGCCACUAAAAUUGACUUGGGACGGCGGAAAAGGAAUUUUCACCCCCCCCCCCCCCCCCAUUGUGUGUUUUUUUUUAAAAAUAAAUAACAACCCAUCACCCAUACAUGUACAUUGAAAAAUCUGAUGAUUCCUUUUUCGAUCCUCUGCUUAAUAAUUUUUCUGAUUUAUUUUUUUAUUACAAUUUUUUUACCCUGGGUAUGCCCAAAUAGUUCAAAGCUGGGCCACUGCCUGGAUUACACAUUUUAAAUAAAGUUAAUCAAAGUAAAAUUACAAGGAAAAGUGCACAUCUGAUUACUUAAUACAAACACAAAUAAGCUCUAUCAAAGUUUAGUUCAAACAUUCCAGUAUAUGAGGCACGAAUUGCUGAUUACGGGAUGGGCGAAAACCCCGCGAAAACCCUUUGGGAAAAACACGGGGAAAUUCCCAUCCGGCUCCAAAUUACUGAGGCAACCGAGUUUAUAACUUCGUAGAUCAGCGCAUAUUGAAAUGGCGUGUUAGUGGCAGAAAUAUCGCUGGCUGAUGGCUUCACAUAUAGUUCUGAUUGGAAUGUACAUUGGCCUACCUGGGAAUCUAUU